AUGAGUUUUGAGAAGACCAAGUCUUGUCAUCUUCCAAAAAGCGUCAAGGUCCGCUCGACCUGCAAUGCCUGCCAACAGGCGAAGAUCCGUUGCAGUCAUGAGAAACCAUCUUGUCGUCGAUGCCAGAAGCACAACAUCGACUGUGUUUACAGCAUGUCGAGGCGGUUGGGGAGACCCGCGAAGAAGAGGGAGUUGUCUUCCGAUGAGUACCGGCCCAAAGAGUGUCCUGAUCGCCGUCGAGACAAGAAGGUGAAAUUAUCCAAGAGGAGGUCUCGACAGGACAAAGAGGAUGAGAAGGUCGACAAACCGAUGAUGGACGAUACUUCGGUGGAAGAGAGUCUACAGACACCCAUGACGGAGAUGGAAAACGUGCCUUAUUCCGUAUCGGACAAUUUCGAUCUCUCCGACAACUGGUUGCAAGGCUUGGUCUCCCAUCAAAUCCCCGAUUCUGCCCAGGAACGUAGCCUUCUCGAUUCUCUGGACUAUCCAUCCAAGACAGAGGAUUCCUUGACCUUCUCAGUCGGAUUCAAAGACCCAAUCGUCAUGGCAUAUCCAGCAACCUCCGAAACACUUGAUCCGAUCUAUUACAAUCUCGAACCCCAGCCCCUUCCAGAUCUUCCAAUGGACUACAUGGAUUCUCUUUCCAUCUCCAGUCCAGAAUGCCACAAAAAGAGUGCUGCCCCGCCAGAGACAACCAUGAAUAAUUUCCAACCACCCCUUCACAUGAUGGAACACCGCUAUGAUCUGCCAUCCCCUAUCGAGUUCAAUUCCUUUGAUACAGACAGCUACUGUUCCUGUCAAUGCCAUGAACAAGCCACGCGUGAGCUGCUCCGCGUCAACUUGUGUGCCGCCCGUACGACGCCUCCAUCCCCUAUUGACACGGUCCUGACCUGUCAGCGUGGAUUACAACAGCUCGCAGAGACAAUCCUGCACUGUACAACCUGCUCUAGAACCCGGAUGAAUCUCCUCAUGGUGGUUAUCGUGUGCAUCGACGGUUUGUUGACAACACUGGAGGCGACAACCACUGCCAAAAGCGCUUUUCUAGACGGAGUCGCCGACGACAAGGAAUGUAUAGCUGCAAAUCCUGAGAUGAGCCCUGCCAUCCUGGGCAAGAAAUAUAAAGACGGGAGCGUCACGUUCAAGGAACAGAUUGAGGCAUGUCCAUUACUAGUCGGCAAUUUUCGUGUCCCAACCGAAGAAAAGUACACAUUCAUUAAACAGGUUCUACAAACCAGGUUGUCUGGGCUGUUGGCCACAAUUCGUCGGAUCAGGGGUUGUACGCAGGGAAUUCUGGCCAGCUCAGCGUCCAAGGGACGGUUGAUCAUGAUGAUGGAGACAGAUCGACGGUUGCAGAUGAUUAUGAUGAAGAUCAAGAUGUUGUGCCGGUGAUGCUAUAGUACGAUGUUACGAUCAUGUU